AGGGACUAUCGGCACGAAACACCUUCCGCCCAAGACGCGCGUACUAAAACACGCGCUGCUUCUUGCCUGCUACGGUGUCCUCCGAAGUUCAUUCCGCGAUUUGUUUUCCGCGUUUCAGCUAUCGGGGGCCGCAUCCUAGCUAUCCUCAUGUUUCCCCUCUCCAGGAACCAGGAUUGGUUUGAUAAAGCACGGCGGUGAACGGGUUAAGGAGUCGGGGGGUUCAGAUUCCUCCUCUCCUGCUCGCCAUGAUGAACAAAUGAACUCUCGGGGAAUGAAAUUUAAAUUUCACAAAGGAGAAAAAGUUCUCUGCUUUGAACCAGACCCAACUAAGGCUAAAGUGCUGUAUGAUGCAAAGGUGGUUGACGUUGUCCUGGGCAGAGAUGACCGGGGCAGGAAGGUCCCGGAGUAUCUGAUCCAUUUCAACGGUUGGAACAGAAGCUGGGAUCGCUGGGCUGCAGAGGACCAUGUUCUCCCCGACACAGACGAAAACCGCAGACUGCAGCGAAAACUGGCUCGCAAGGCUGUGGCUCGCAUGAAGAGAAAGGGAUGGAAGAAGAGACGCUGUCGUCUUCCAGGUGUUGACUCAGUGCUGAAAAGCCUACCUGAGGAGGAGAAGGAGGGAAAUAGUGACGAUGCGUCUCUGAUUUCUUCUUCUUCUGAAGACAGUGAAGAGGGCAACUCGGAGGACGUUGAAUCAUUAAAAAGUGAUAGUGACUCAUCUGAAGACCUGGAGGAAAUGAAGGAAGAACAAGAGGCUCACGCCAAACGGGAAAGUGAAGAUAAAACAAUCAAGAUUGAUAUCCCUGAGGUUCUUAAGAAAAAGCUGGAAGAUGAUUGUUACUAUGUCAACAAAAGGAAAAAGCUGGUGAAGCUUCCCUGCCAAAUGAAUAUCGUGAACAUCUUGGAGUCCUAUGUGAAACAUUUCACCAUCAAUGCGGCCUUUUCCGCCAACGAGAGAUACCGGCACCCCCAAAGCGUGACUCAUGUUGGAUCUAACCCGCACUAUGUUCCUCCUGAAAAAAAUGAGGAGCUGUGCAAGGAGAUGGUGGACGGGCUGCGGAUAACAUUUGAUUUCACGCUUCCGGUGAUUCUCCUGUAUCCUAAUGAACAAGCUCAAUUCAAGAAAGCCAGCUCAUCCAAGCUGUUCAUGCCCAUCAGGGAUGCAGCGAUGACUUCUGGGAGGAUGCCACGGGAGUGCUCCCCCAGCCCCCCAGGCCUGAACCCAUCCACGCCACAGACCUCGGACUGUCAGUUGGCCCCUGGCGAGCCGUCUACACCCAAACGACGGCGUGCAGAGUCUGAGGCCCCCGUUUCCCUGCGCCGUUCCACCCGUCACACCUCGGGGGGGGACCGGCUGUCUGACCCCGGGGCGUCCCCCCAGCCCAAGAGGCGGCACUCGGAAAUGGCUGCCUCACUGCCGAGAUUCAUCCUCAACCUGGAGAAGAGGACCCCUGUUCACAGCGGCUCCUCCUCACCAUUACCACUGACCCCCAGUAAAGAGGGCAGCUGUGUCUUCUCCGCCCUGGAGAGCAGCAGGAGCAAUGAACUCAAUGAGGUCUUGAGCUGGAAGCUCACUCCAGAGAACUACCCGCUAAGUGACCAGCCGCCGCCUCCAUCCUACAUGUACGGCUCACAGCACCUCCUCCGCCUCUUUGUGAAACUUCCAGAGAUCUUGGGGAAAAUGCUCAUCCCUGACAAGAACUUGAGGGCUCUGGUGAAGCACCUGGAGCUGUUCCUGGGGUUCUUGGCGGAGUUUCAUGAGGAUUUCUUCCCUGAAUCUGCCUAUGUUUCUGCCUCGGAGGCCCACUACAGCAUGAAGAACCCCCGGCCCCUCUGCUGACGGCCUGCCUGGCGGGCUGGAGAGCUCCGGCGUGUUCCUGCUGCUGCUGGUAAUGGUGCUGGUACUGCGCCUUGGGUGACCAGCUGACCCUAAGUGAUGCCACUGCCCUCACCUCUUUGAAUGGCAGAUGAUGGAGCCCAAGCCCUUUUCUGCUUCAGAUCUUCUCCUGGACGGCUGCGGCCACGUUCUGGACCCCUGAGCUUUGACCUGGAGAUCUAUUCCUUAGAUGCCUGUCAUCUUCCCGCUUGGUGACUCCUGAUGUGCUGUUCAGCUUUGCCGGCAGCAGUGUUUGUUUUUGUCGGAGACAUUAGGCCGAGUGAAGUGGAAACCUUUUUAAAGAUGAUUCCCUGUUGAUUUGGAUGUUUUCUGCCAUAUUGGCCUUCGCUGAACUCUUAUUUGCUGACACAAUGGUCCAGCUGUGGAUAUCACUGUUAGUGAUUUUUUUAGUUUUGACAAUGUUUAUAGAACAGUUCCCAUCAGCAAAGUUUUUUUUCCUCAUCUUUUUCGAUUUUGCUGGUCUGUGUUUUUUUUCUUGCAGUGUUGUGCUGCUGAAGAAAAAAGGUUUUCAGAUUAAAUUCAGACAGCAUAAGUUCUAUAUAUAAUUUCUUUAUAGAAGUCUGUUAUUGCAAAUUUACUACAAAAGGUUCUGGGAUGUUUUUAUAUGAAGCUGAAUUUCCCUCGAUUGUCAUGCAGGGGUUACUAGGUUGUGUGUAUGAUGCAGCACGAAUCUACUCAAAUGUAAAGGAUACAUUUUUCUGUAAUAUAGAGAGGUGCUUUCAUAAAUAUCAGCUUGGGUAAACCCAAUGUAGUUUAAGUGUUUUUGUAUUGGGAAAAUAUUGUGGGUAAUACUGUAAUACCGAAAUCUGCUUCAUUUCCACUAUCUGGUGUGAACACAUUACUGAACUGCAUUUUAAUAUGACACAGAAGGUAACAUUAAUUGUCCUUGUCACGUUUGGAUGUAUAUGGGGAAAAGGAACUGGACAGUGUCUUUCGAAAAUGCUGACAUGGUCAUAUUCUGCUGUGGGGCAGGAACAGUGCGAAGGCUGAGCAUGAGCGGAAGUGCAUAUUUACAUCGUUUUAUGGCGUCUCAAGCUGGGUAUCUGCUUACCACCACGUUGAUCAUUAGGCCACAGUGAGCAAAAUUGCUCUUAUUCCUAUAUAUACUACAUAUGUCAAGUUUUGAACUUCAUCCAUGCAGCAAUGGCUGCACUCCUGUAUAAAAAUGUGAAAUAGACUGCACAGUAUGAGUAAUUAUUGCACAGAGAAAGGCUUUAGGAUUUUAAUGUUUAAUGUAGCUGUCCAAAGCUUAGCCGUCUGGGGAAGAACAUUAUGAAAGCAGUAGAGAAUGAAGUUUAAAUGAGCUUUAUCAUCUUGGGUUGUAGAUGUUGGCACAUGGUGGCUGUGACCUACUGUGCUAUUUCACAUUAAUAAUUCACUGAUGGUUUAAUGAGCUUUUCUUUAUAGUGAUAGAUUCAUGCUAUUUAAACUGGAUGUUUCUUUGUCAUGCAAAUGAUGAUGGAUAAGCUUUUUUGCUGGUAUUUCAUAUCUAAUUUGCAGUUUUAUGAAGAGAACCUAUAAUGAAGCAAGUAAAUAUGCAAUUUAUACACGCUGAAUGGAAAAUCGAAUUAAACCAUGCAAGGUAAACUGUAGGCCCUUCAUGUUGAAAAAGAUGUAUGUAGUUUCACCAAAUGCAAAUCUGCAUAAAAGAAUAUCAGGACAGCCAGGUUGUGGCCUCUUUCAGGUUGCAGUAAAAGCAGCUGUAUGUGUAGUUGGAAUAAUAACUUGCAUUUUCUUUAUGAUGUUACUAAAAUGCAUGUUUAGAAAUCUAAAAGAUACUUAUGGUGCUUUUUCUCACACUUUUAAUCAGAACAUAUUUUUCCAGGACUGAAAAUGUGCUAAACGGAUUGAAUUGAACAAAAAACAGCGAAAAUCUAUAUAUACACAUACUUUUUCUAUAAAAGGAACUUUUUGUACAGAACUGUGCCAAUGCUUAACAAUGGGAAAUCGUAUAUUUGUCUUUGGUGUUUGCUGUGUCUUUAAUCUCCAAAUUUUAGGUAUUUCAGUAAUUCACAGGGUAUCUGUGAUCACAAAGCAAUCCUAAAAUUUAUAAGAAUACUGCAGAAAAUACUUUUUCCCUUCAUUUAAAAAUAAAGGUUCUUUAAGUCUGA